GAGAGGAGGCAGUAAUGGAGAACAAGGUCAUGGGUUUCAGCGUUUUAUUAGUAUAUUUUUUUCAAACGUUGCCUUCAUACCCGCGCACUUACUCUUCCUUCCGUUGGCUUUCCUAUUUUUAUUUCUUUAAAAUAUAUAUUUAUACAAGUUCUACAAAAUGGUUUUCAUGUGGAGAGAGAAAUAAAAUUACUUCAAGACAUAUAUAUAAUCAAGAAAAAAAGAAAAUGGGUUCUUUAUAAUUUAUUCUUCUCUCGUAUUUUUGAAUUUGAUAAAACGAGACACAUGUGUUCAUACUUCUUGAAUGACUCAACAAAUGAAAAAAAAGUUUUCUUAUAAUAAGAAGCCAUUUAUUUCUCUCUUCUUUUAGCCGUUUUGGAGAAACUCGAUCUCUGUAAACACAAAUUAUAUAUAUAAAUAUAUAUAUAUCGAAACAGAGGAAUGAAGUGGAGAAUAAAAUAAAGCAGGGUAAACUUGAGAGUAUUGAGUGACGAAAAUGAGUUCCUUUUCAGAGUUUGUCUUUAAUUAGGUAACGGAGCGUCGAAGGAAAGAGAGAGAGGAUAUAUAGAGUAAGAAAGAGACAGAGGAAGUAAAAGAAGAAGAAGGAGACGAAAAAAUGGAAGAUACGACGAAGAAGAAAAAAAAGAAGAAUAUGAACAACAACCAAGAUUCCAAGAAAAAGGAACGUCAUAUUGUUUCUUGGUCACAAGAGGAGGAUGUUAUACUAAGAGAACAGAUUACUCUACACGGAACUGAAAAUUGGGCGAUCAUUGCAUCUAAGUUCAAAGAUAAAAGCACAAGACAAUGCAGAAGAAGAUGGUAUACAUAUUUGAACUCUGAUUUCAAGAGAGGAGGUUGGUCCCCUGAAGAAGAUAUGCUUUUGUGUGAGGCACAAAGAGUAUUUGGGAAUAGAUGGACUGAGAUAGCCAAGGUGGUUUCAGGCAGAACGGAUAAUGCUGUGAAGAACAGGUUUACAACACUUUGUAAGAAGAGGGCCAAGCAUGAAGCCAUGGUUAUAGAGAACAACAACUCAACCAGCAAAAGAAUGUUGUUCUUAGAAGGUAUUAGUACACCGCAAAAAGCCGAGAAUGAAGCUCCUUUCGCUAAGAGAUUGAGGAGAAGUCAGAUUCUAGAUCUCACAGAUAUCAGUAACAAUGGAAAGCCUGAGUCUUGUAUGAAACAGAACAUGAGGUCACCAUUUUCUGUAUUGGCACGCAAUGCCAUAGGUAUUGAUGAUAGCUUGGAGGACCAGAAUCAAACAAGCAAUGUGAAGGAGAGUGAUGGUGAAGCGAUGUUUCUUAAGAAGGAUGAUCCAAAAGUGGCGGCUUUGAUGCAACAAGCUGAACUUCUAAGCUCCUUGGCGCAAAAAGUUAAUGCAGACAACAGAGAACAAAGCAUGGAGAAUGCUUGGAAGGUCCUUCAGGAUUUCUCGAAUAAAGGCAAGGAAAAUGAUAUAUUCAGAUAUGGAAUACAUGAUUUCGAUUUUAAAAUCGAGGAAUUUAAGGACCUUAUAGAGGAUUUGAGGAGUGGUUAUGAAGACAAUCAGCCAUCUUGGAGGCAACCUGAUCUUCAUGACUCACCAGCUAGCUCUGAGUAUAGUUCAGGAUCAACCAUCAUACUGGAUCAGUCUGGUGAUAAUAGAACACAACCAUCAUCAUCAGAUACUCAGACUGAAAAUAAACAAGUUGUAGAGGAGUCCCUCUCAGCUUGUGAUGUCCCAAAAAAUCCUGAUGAGGAUUUGCCUAUCUCGGGCGAAGAAAAGUUCAGCUCGCCUAUUCAGGUCACACCAUUGUUCAGAUCUCUAGCAGAUGGUAUCCCAAGUCCACAAUUCUCUGAAAGUGAGAGGAGCUUCCUUCUAAAAACACUUGGGAUUGAGUCCUCUUCUCCAUGUCCAAGUGCUAAUUCUUCAAAACCACCCCCUUGCAAAAGAGUACUUCUUCAUAGCUUGUAAACCAACCAACCAACCAACCAACCAACCGUCUUUGAUCCAUCUCUCUCAUACCAUAAACCGCAGCUUUGUCUCCUUGGAGACGUGAUUUUUUUCCCCACUUUUGCUUAGAUUUCAUUUUAGGUUUUGCAGCCAUAUCGGCCUGGAAGUUUUUGUGAAGCGGGCAUGCCAUGAUCUGCAUUCCUUCCUCAGGGUUUUUUUUAAAAAAGUUUCUACGUUGGUCCUAGAAUGUUAACGGUAACAAUUCUAGCCCCAAUCAAAAGAAAGCUCUCAAGAAUCUGCCAUAUACUCAGAUUCAGCUUUCACUUUCUUUUCUUACUAAAAAUAUAAGGAAGCCAUCUACAAAGGAAGGCACCAGUGUUGUCUUUAAGAAAUAUUCUUUGGUUUGUCUCUUAAGGGUCAUAAUCAGAUACAUCAUCUGAGCAUUUUCCCUUGAUUUCUUGAUUUGUUUUCAUCAUCUCUGUACAGAAUCUCUAUCACAUAUAUAUAUAAAGAAGUCUUUCAGAGUGUAACUGUAGGACCAAAAGAAAAACUCAGAAAAGGGUCAAGUUUUACCUGUUCAUCUGUUGCUAUUCUCUCAUGGCAGAAGAAGAAGAAGAAGACAACAGAACUUAAAACUUGUUUUUCCUCCUAGGAUAUUGUAUUGCAGCAUAUGGUUGUAAAGACAUAUGAGUGGAAAUAUGAUUUGAUUUUGGUUUUGAUAUA